UAACAAACGACCGGCGUUUAGCUAACCGCGAGUUCACGCGGACGGUUUAGUGCUCCAUAUAUUGUAUUCAUGGUAUCUUACCUCGGUGUGUGGUGUAUGAUUAAAUGAGAGAAGGCGAAAAGUGUCGACCGCUAAGUGUCGUACGUGCAAAAUGGUUUUAAACCUGAGAUUUGUCAUCGUUUGCAGCCUUUUUAUUUCACACCGAGUGCAGUCUGCGACUUCCCCAGCAAGACUUGAUAGUAUAUCGGUUGAAUCAGCAGAGCAUUCCACAGAGUCGUUAGACUCAGUAGGCGCUUCUGCAGAGCUACACGAAGGGUCAGGUGAUGACCCACCCGGACCGACUGCUGGAAGUAAGAAUGAAACGAGGGAGGCCCUUAAAUCGGAUGGCAGUGAACAAGACCCAGUGGUGUUUCUUGCGGACAAGAACAGCUACAUCCCCGUGAGCAUUAAGCCACGCUCUCCUGUUGUGGAUUCCAGUUGGAGGGAGCCGCCUGCCUGGGAGCGGGAGUACAGACGACAUCGCACUAAUGGCAGCAGAGUACAAUACAUUGAAGCGGAAUGUCAAGAUGACUUUAUGAAGAUCAGAGUGGGUUUCAACGGCUCAUUCAACGGCUUGGUAUAUUCCGCAGGGUAUUCUUACGAUCCCGACUGCAUGUACAUUAAUGGUUCUGGUCGCGACUACUAUGAAUUCUACAUCCAACUGAACAGAUGUGGCACCCUAGGCAGGAAUAGCCAACACGACGAUACCAAAAAGCAUCCUACUAAGAAUCUGAUGUGGAACACAAUAACGGUUCAAUAUAACUCACUUAUUGAAGAAGAACUGGAUGAGCAUUUCAAAGUGACCUGCGAGUAUGGUUACGACUUUUGGAAGACCGUCACAUUCCCUUUUUUAGACGUUGAAGUUGCAACGGGUAAUCCAGUGGUAUUCACCCUCCAACCACCGGAGUGCUACAUGGAGAUCCGGUCCGGUUACGGUGCGACCGGCGCACGAGUCACCGGCCCGGUUCGCGUAGGCGAUCCUUUAACUCUUCUUAUUUACAUGAGAAGCGCUUAUGAUGGCUUUGAUAUAGUCGUGAAUGACUGUUUCGCGCAUAACGGUGCGGCUAAGAGAAUACAACUCAUUGAUGAAUACGGAUGUCCAGUAGAUGACAAGCUGAUCUCAAGAUUUCGAGGCUCGUGGUCGGAGGCAGGCGUGUUCGAGACCCAAGUGUACGCUUAUAUGAAGACCUUCCGCUUUACCGGCUCCCCGGCGCUCUACAUCGAAUGCGACGUGCGAAUGUGCCAUGGAAGAUGUCCGUCCCAACCAUGCCACUGGCGGAAUAUGAAGAGCGUGCGCAGAAGAUCAGUAGAAGCAGAGGCGGCGAGCGUUGCGCCAAGACUAUCGGAGAAUAUUUCACUGUUCCAGUCGCUUAGGGUACUGCAGGAGGGCGAGGAAGACGAAGAAUCCCGCGCUGUGGUAGAAGGGCAAACCUGCAUGCGGACGUCAGCGUUAUCAGCAAUGAUUGUCUCAUGCGGGAUAUUAGUGGCUGCCCUGCUAGCAGCUCUAAUGGUAGCAGCGAGAGGUUGGCGAAGAAGCGAAAACAGGACGCCGAUACACGCGUAUGUUCCUCAUAAAGGACGAAUAAAAUAAAAUGUAGUUUUGUAUCUUUGUAAGUUUAUUGCCCACAGAGAUUAAUUAUAUCAACAGCGUUCACGUCAUCCGAAAAUCAGGGCUAGAAUACAUUUCAAAAACGCUUCUGAGAGUUCCGUAAGAGUUUGCUUUCCCGGAAAUAAUCUUUAAGCUUAUGAUUAAUCAAAGGCUCGCAGUUUCAGUUUGGGAUCUUUUUAUACCAUUUGCAAACGUUUACUCCCCUUCUUGUUUAUAUAUGGGACUUAAGACUGACCUUGAGAUUAGAAGCCUGAAAGCUUUCUUGCGAAAGUUGUAAGGAAAGGCUCUUCUGGUUCCAAGGAAGGUUUGCCAUUGUAGCUAAGGAGCUUCUGGUGAUGGGUGUAAUACAUUGUAUUGGGCCAUCUAACCGCUUUCCAUAGAAUCGACGCAUCAUCAACGACGCUACAGCCCUUUGUGUUGCUCCUUUUACUACUCCGUAAACCAAUACGUUUCGCUUGGGUUAACCCCAUCCUAUCACAUCUAUAGAAGCUUUGGCGAAUAGAAACUUCGACCAACAUCUGUGUUUGUUUAGCGUGUUUGAAAACUAUUGGCUCAAUAAAUAUUACAUUCCGAUUAAAACAUUAGGAAUUCUCGAACUCUGCGUAAUUCUGAUGCGUAGAAUUCAAUAUUCGGUUAGGCUUUCAGUGGGACAUUUCAGUUGACUACCUGCUUGGUACACUGGUAGCUAAUUUCUGCGACCAUAUAAAGUUUGAAUCUGACUGUAAGACACUAGUGAGUAAAUGUUUGCAAAACCAUACUAGCCCUAACGAUAUACGGUAUUGGACGUAGGGUCACUAGAUUCGCUAAGAUUUCUUUUUAUUA